AUGGAGAUACACCCUCCUCAUGUCCUGGCGAAGCUGCCACGUUCCACCAAGGUAGAUGCCAUUUCCCAUUAUGCCGUUGUCCAAACCUCCCGCCAAGGUAUCAGAAGGAGGAAAAGGGAGAUUUGUGCUGCCAUUGAUGGUGACUCUUUGAGUAUAUUCGAGCUCAAUAAUGGAAAUAUUUUGGCGUCAUAUCCUGUCCCCCCCACCAGUUCCUUCUCUGGCCCGCCAGUCUCGAUUGUGGACAAGGCAUUCGGGCAGAGUCACCGUCGCACAUACUGUGCCAUCAAGCGCGAUGCCCUCCAAAUCCAAGUUAUUCAAAGUUGCGAUCAAGAUUCACAAAAUAUCAAGACAGCAAGAAGUCCCGACUUCCACCACCAGGACAGCCCUGUUGUUCUUCUUGAUUUGAUCAACAGCUUGGGCGUACAAAAUUUCAAAUUGCUUGUGCUUCAGCAGGAUGGGACCAUCACCAUGUUGUCGGAAGACCUUGCGGAGACGAUCUCACACAAAUCCAUUUCUUCUACUACUCCCAUACGCAUCCUUGCCGCCCAGCAUCUCUCCAUGAGCGAAGCUCAGAAGCACAUCCUCAAACAGAGAUCUGAUCUAAUUAGCGCGGCUUCCCCCCAAACCUCAUAUCUAGCAGUUGUCUACAGCAGACCGGAUGAGAAACAGGCCUACACCAAGACAAUCAAUUAUGCGGCUUAUGCCAUCGACGAAUUGGCUCGUGAUGAUAGGGUUCAGCCACUUUUUGAAUAUCACAUUAGCCUGGCAGAACAUGAAGCUAGGUCGAUUGACACAAACGGACGACUGUGUACUUUCAGCCCUCAAGCCUCCCACCUAUAUCUACGACCCGGAGGCUCACUCAUCACCUUUGACCUAUCAGGGCUUUUACCACAACAGACUUCGAUGCUGCAUACCGGAUUCACUGGUGCAGGCGAGAUGAUGGCGAUUUCUCCGGUCUUUGCAAUAUCAUCACACAAAGAGGCGCUUCGUCUUUUUGACCUUAAAUACCAGACCAGCCAGGCAUGCAUCGACCUCAAGCGACCAAAUUUGAAGCGUAAACGCAGUUCCAGAACAGCCACAGAUCCUCAAAUUGGCUCUAUUGAAUUCAUCACUUACGUUCGUCAACUAGGCCGCGUUGUCGCAAGGCGGCGAAAUCAGCUCGUUGCAAUCGAUAUCAUCGCCAAGGAUGAUUCAACAAGAUUGCUCAGCACUGGGACAAGCCUUAUUCAGAAUAUCGGCCAAGGAUUAGCCUCCAACGACGCGCAAGGGAUUACAAAGGGUAAACUUACCAGACUGACCAUUGGUUCUGUUAAUCAGGACAGUACAUCGCAACUAGGUUGGCAAAAAGCACGAGAGAAACUAGACGAGUUGACACAAGUAGGCGAUGUGGCUGGAUUUGAAGACGUUUUCGUCGAUGAAGUUCGCAAACCAUACCUAUCGUCACUGCUACCCGGCAGCAUGUCUGACGAUCUUCCCACGGCUGGUAUCUCUGACAUCAAAUAUAAAUACCUCUUGACAAGUAUUUUUCAGUUGGACACCCCCACAACAUUGCCGGGCAAUGCUUCGACAGAAAACAGGAUGACAUUGAAAGUCCGACUCUCGAGUUUCCGGUUAAUCCUCUGGCUGUCCCGGCUAGGUCUGCUGAGUAGUCGGCUAGUGCAAAUAGCCAUGUACGGCACAGCUCCAUCUGCCGUAGGGGAGUUCCUACGACCAGACGCAGUUGCUGAGGCCUUGGUCGGUGUGGAUCCAAAUUUGAACCUGCUUCAACAGUGCAUCGAGAAUGGAUUUAGUGACUAUGUUGACGAGCAGGCCGCUACAGUGCGCAUGCUUAUAAGACAAGCACUCUCAUUUACGGCAGACGAAAGUCAAGUUGAAAGGAGCGGGGAUCAAAGCAGGGCAGUUGCUAGACUUGCAGAAUCACAAUUGCAGACAUCCUGGGAAGAGUCCCAGCCAAAUUGGGUUCCGGAAAAGGUCAAGAAAGCCCUGGUUGCAGCGUUGAACAAGUUGGGCUCUGCGGCAGCAUCGGUCAUUUCACCAAUCCUUCGCACACUUUUCAGUGAAACCGAGAUUUUGGCUCUUGUUCAGUUCUUGCGUCAACAACUGUUCAUAGGGGGCCAUACGCGGUCUUUUCGCAGCCUCUCAUCCGUGGAACCGCAUGAAGAGAAUGUUGUCAACCUCGAUGCAGUGAUCAGGAUUUUAUCCUGUUGUGUUGACGGCAUUGGACCACUCGGCCUCGUUGGAACUAUAGACAACGAAGCUUUCGUUGAUAGUAUCGUUCCAGACCUGGCGUCGGAAAUAGCGAGCACCAAGGAGAGCCUGGAAGACGCUGCCGAGCUUCAAGGCAUCCUUCGUGAGACGCUUCGUUACUGUGAGUCGCUGGAGAAACAUCAUCGUGGAACUUCCCGGCCCGUCCAGGGCAUCGGACAGCAAAGCGAACAACGACGAGGGACUAUCGUGACGCUAUACUCAGAAACAAUCUAUGGCGUCGAUGGAGAGGGCGAGGGAAGAAGCCUUCCUCUGAGCCUCAGAGCAGAGAACGCUAUCAGCGAGACUAAGGUCAGACGAGGUGGAGGUGAACCAAAGUAUCGAAGCUCACGACAGAAGAGCAUGCUGAAGCAGAGGCAAAAAGGACCAUACUCGUUUGAGCGACUAGUCUUGUAG